CUGCAGAGUUGGCGGAGGCUCCUCGGGGGACUCUGAGAGCGAUCUGCGUAGAAGCGGGUGGCGGGGCAGAAAGGGGAGGAGAGCUCAGAGUGGGAAGCGGACCCCGGGGCCCGGGACCCGUCGCGACAGAGCCAGGCAACUGAACCGGAGCAAACGACUUCCGAUCCAGUCCGCGCUGCUUGCUCCCGUUUGGGAUUUGAUUCGCAGCAUCUUCCAGCCUGUGCAACAAAAACCCGCGAAGCACGCCCAGCCCUCCCCCCUGCACCCCGAUACGCACCCACUCCCUCCUGGGGAUACAGCUGGGCGCGUCCACACCCCCACGCCCCCCACACCAUGUUGUGCGGAAGGACUUCCACUCCCUGCCUGUGUCGUUGAUGUCAGACCCCAGACCAGCCUCCGGGCGCUGCAGUUCUCCCGGCUAAUGCUCAGGCUGCGGCUCUAGCGCAGGAACCAGAGGCUGCCGCGCCCGGCCCCAGCGCCCACCGUCUGCAUGUGCCCGCCGUAGCCGCCUGCCCAUUCCGCAGCCCGCAGCCCGCGCUCCCCGGAGCGCUGGAGACCACCGCGGGGGGCCCCUUCAGCCCUCGAGAGAAGCGGUCUUGGAGGUAUUGAUUUCGGUGGUUGGAUUUUCCCCGUGGAUCUAUAAAUUCACAGUUUGAAUUUGGAAGAAAGAAGGAAAAAAUGACGUCUCCAGCCAAAUUCAAAAAGGAUAAGGAGAUCAUAGCAGAGUAUGACACUCAGGUCAAAGAGAUUCGUGCUCAGCUCACAGAACAAAUGAAAUGCCUGGACCAGCAGUGUGAGCUUCGGGUGCAAUUGUUGCAGGAUCUCCAGGACUUCUUCCGCAAAAAGGCUGAAAUCGAGAUGGAUUACUCCCGCAACCUGGAAAAGCUGGCAGAGCGCUUCCUAGCCAAGACACGCAGCACCAAGGACCAGCAGUUCAAGAAGGAUCAGAAUGUUCUCUCUCCAGUCAACUGCUGGAAUCUCCUCCUAAACCAGGUGAAGCGGGAGAGCAGGGACCACACCACACUGAGUGACAUCUACCUGAACAAUAUCAUUCCCCGAUUUGUCCAAGUCAGCGAAGACUCAGGAAGACUCUUUAAAAAGAGUAAAGAAGUUGGCCAGCAGCUCCAAGACGACUUGAUGAAGGUCCUGAAUGAGCUCUACUCGGUCAUGAAGACAUAUCACAUGUACAAUGCUGACAGCAUCAGUGCCCAGAGCAAGCUAAAGGAAGCAGAGAAGCAAGAGGAGAAGCAGAUUGGCAAAUCAGUAAAGCAGGAGGAUCGGCAGACACCACGCUCCCCCGACUCCACGUCCAAUGUUCGCAUAGAGGAAAAGCAUGUGCGGAGGAGCUCAGUGAAGAAGAUCGAGAAAAUGAAGGAGAAGCGCCAAGCCAAGUACACCGAGAAUAAACUGAAGGCCAUCAAAGCCCGGAAUGAGUACUUACUGGCUUUGGAGGCAACCAAUGCAUCUGUCUUCAAGUACUACAUCCAUGAUCUCUCUGACCUUAUUGAUCAGUGUUGUGAUUUAGGCUACCAUGCUAGCCUCAACCGGGCUCUGCGUACCUUCCUUUCUGCUGAGUUGAAUCUGGAACAGUCAAAGCAUGAGGGUCUGGAUGCCAUCGAGAAUGCUGUAGAAAAUCUGGAUGCCACCAGUGACAAGCAACGCCUCAUGGAGAUGUACAACAACGUCUUCUGCCCACCUAUGAAGUUUGAGUUCCAGCCUCACAUGGGGGACAUGGCUUCCCAACUCUGUGCCCAGCAACCUGUUCAGAGCGAGCUGGUACAGAGAUGCCAACAAUUGCAGUCUCGUUUAUCCACCCUGAAGAUUGAGAAUGAAGAGGUAAAGAAAACAAUGGAGGCCACGCUGCAGACUAUUCAGGACAUCGUGACAGUUGAGGAUUUUGAUGUGUCUGACUGCUUCCAGUACAGCAACUCUAUGGAGUCGGUCAAGUCCACAGUCUCAGAAACGUUCAUGAGCAAGCCCAGCAUCGCCAAGAGGAGAGCCAACCAGCAAGAGACAGAGCAGUUCUAUUUUACGAAAAUGAAGGAAUACCUGGAGGGCAGGAACCUCAUCACCAAAUUGCAAGCCAAGCAUGAUCUUCUCCAGAAAACCUUGGGGGAAAGUCAGCGGACAGAUUGCAGUCUGGCCAGGCGUAGCUCAACUGUGAGAAAGCAGGAUUCCAGCCAGGCAAUUCCGCUGGUGGUAGAAAGCUGUAUCCGGUUUAUCAGCAGACAUGGUCUACAGCAUGAAGGAAUUUUCCGGGUAUCAGGAUCACAGGUGGAAGUAAAUGAUAUCAAAAAUGCCUUUGAGAGAGGAGAAGACCCCCUGGCAGGGGACCAGAAUGACCAUGAUAUGGAUUCUAUUGCUGGCGUCCUGAAGCUGUACUUCCGGGGGCUGGAGCACCCCCUCUUUCCUAAGGACAUCUUCCACGACCUGAUGGCCUGUGUUACAAUGGACAACCUGCAAGAGAGAGCCCUGCACAUCCGCAAAGCCCUCCUGGCCCUGCCCAAGACUACUCUGAUCAUCAUGAGAUACCUCUUUGCUUUCCUCAAUCACUUAUCACAGUUCAGUGAAGAGAACAUGAUGGACCCCUACAAUCUUGCCAUCUGCUUCGGGCCCUCGCUGAUGUCAGUGCCCGAGGGCCAUGACCAGGUGUCCUGCCAGGCCCAUGUGAAUGAGCUGAUCAAAACCAUCAUCAUCCAACAUGAGAACAUCUUCCCAAACCCCAGGGAGCUGGAGGGCCCGGUCUACAGCAGAGGAGGAAGCACGGAGGAUUACUGUGACAGCCCUCACGGAGAGACCAUCUCCACGGAAGACUCCACCCAGGAUGUGACCACCGAGCACCACAUGAGUGAUGACGAGUGUGAGCCCAUCGAGGCCAUUGCCAAGUUUGACUACGUGGGUCGAACAGUGCGAGAGCUGUCCUUCAAGAAGGGAGCGUCCCUGCUGCUUUACCAGCGGGCUUCGGAUGACUGGUGGGAAGGUCGGCACAACGGCAUUGACGGACUCAUCCCCCAUCAGUACAUCGUGGUCCAAGACACCGAGGAUGGUGUCGUGGAGAGGUCCAGUCCCAAGUCUGAAAUUGAGGUCAUUUCUGAGCCACCUGAAGAAAAGGUGACAGCCAGAGCGGGGGCCAGCUGUCCCAGUGGGGGUCAUGUAGCUGAUAUUUAUCUUGCAAACAUCAACAAGCAAAGGAAGCGACCAGAAUCAGGGAGCAUCCGGAAAACAUUUCGGAGCGACAGCCAUGGGCUGAGCAGCUCCCUGUCUGACUCUGCCUCCCCGGGGCCUAGCUGCCGUCCAUCUUCCCAGCCCAUCAUGAGCCAGAGUCUCCCUAAGGAAGGGCCUGAUAAGUGUUCCAUCAGUGGGCAUGGCGGCCUCAACUCCAUCAGCCGCCACUCAUCCCUGAAGAAUCGACUCGACAGCCCCCAGAUCCGGAAGACAGUGACAGCAGGAAGGUCAAAAAGCUUCAAUAACCAUCGGCCCGUGGACCCAGAGGUCAUCGCACAGGACAUCGAGGCGACCAUGAACUCGGCCCUGAACGAGCUGCGCGAGCUGGAGCGGCAGAGCAGCGUGAAGCACACCCCUGAUGUGGUUCUGGACACGUUGGAGCCCCUCAAAACGUCCCCCGUGGUGGCUCCCACCUCAGAGCCUUCCAGCCCCCUGCACACCCAGCUUCUCAAGGACCCCGAGCCCUUCCAGCGGAGUGCCAGCACUGCUGGGGACAUCGCCUGCGCCUUCCGGCCAGUGAAGUCCGUGAAGAUGGCUGCGCCAGUGAAGCCACCAGCCACACGGCCCAAGCCCACCGUCUUCCCCAAGACAAAUGCCACUAGCCCCGGAGUCAGCUCAUCGGCCUCCCCGCCGUCUACUGACAAGUCUUGUACUGUCUGAGGGAUGGCGGAUUGUAUUGUUCCAGGCCAGGGGGCUGACUGUUAUUAAAUUCUUUCUAUUUAACUAGGUCGGGGCUUCAGUUGAAAGUUAGAUUCUCCGUUGUCCUGGCAGGAAUUAGCCUCCCGUCACCCAGAACCUUGAGAAUGAAACCCUUGUUAAUGCCCUGCCUUGCCCUUCCCACUGUCGUCUGCUUCCUCCCCCAUCAUUGUAAUCCCACCCGCUUCCGUGCAUACUCUCCUUAGGUUAGCCAGAGGUAGCUCUUCAUUCUCAAGUCACUGUGAAAUCUGGCAGGGCUCGUCACCAGGACAUGGGCUCAAGUCUUGAUCCCCUCGGAAACAAGUGACUGCCUAACCAGAUAGUCAGCUGCUGACAUCCAGCGCUCAGUGGCACCAUUUUUUGGGUACUAUUAUAGAGAAUCAUAGAUAGUCCAUUCUUUACACACAUGCACACACGCACACACGCACACACACACACACACACACGGAUUUUUUUCGACUCUGGCAUGUGUAGCCUCUCCUGGUUUAGACCAAUCUUUUUCUAAGUUAUUGUGGCAAUACACGCAGGAGCCACCAGAGGUCUCUGUUUCCAUUCUAAACCUUGUUCUGUCUAGGCCGAAGAGCCUAACUUUUGAAAUUGCUCCAAUAUAUCAAAUUUAGCAGAAUGAGACUCGAUUCUGCAGUUUGGGGGUUAGGGGCCCACUCUCUCUCUCUUCUUUCUACUGGUAUGAAUUGUUCAUUAGUGUUCGCGUUUGUUCUCCUCUGUCCUCUAGAACUACAACCCAAUCAAGUUUUUCUGAAUGUAUAGACACUUCUCGGGUUCCUAUCUUUGUAAUUGAAGGAUCAUUUCCAUUUAAGACAUUUUCCUGUAUAAGAUCACUUUAUAGCUGAUUCUUUUAAGAUAAAAAGUCUUAAGAGGGUGGUAUUGUGUUUAUGGCAGGUUUGGAAAAGGUAAAAAAUGGGUCCUUUUCCCUCUCACUCUUUGUGUGCAGUUAAGACAUAGCACCAAAAUUGUUAGCAAAUGAAAACACCGGAAGCUCCUUUUUUCUUCUACAAGGACUCCUGGGGGACCAGAGAGGGUUUAGAGAACACUAGUUACAUCAGAGGUUUCCAAACUUACUUGUCCUACAA